AUGUCGUCAACACGUUUAGAACAGCUCUCCUACAAGUUGUUUGAGCCCGGAUACCACAAUCAACGGCCCAUCAUCGUUGAUGAGGAGCUCCAGUCCCCCGAUACAGUGACACUAGCAUACGAGGAGGAGGCAGCGGUGAGGGCCAACGGAGGAGGUCUCUCUGUCUCCAUGUCCGCAUACAAGUCGCAACAACCACAAGUGCACGCAUUUGCAGAAUCACCUUACUCUCAGUUCUCACCACAGUCCUUUGCCAGCCAGCCGACAGACCAUGCAACACCUCAGCAAAUCAACAACAUUGCAUUUGCUUCAAACAAUGCGGCGCACACAGCAGCAUAUGGACCCAGCUCUCCGUCAGAUAGCGGUGCUGGAGGAGACGUCACGGUGCUUUCGAGACAUCCCGACAGUGGACCAGUCGGAACAAGAGUGACAUUGAGUGUUUCAAGCGCAACGGAUUUGACAGCAAGCACAUCGUACAUUUGCGUCUCGUUUGGGUCUCAGCGAUGUCCGGCUCAGGUGUGCAAGAAGGUCGAGAACAACGGGGGCUGGGUUUUUACCAUCUCGGCAGUAGCGCCGCAAUUCCUGCUUACACAAUGCAACUCACCUAGCGACGUGCCCUUGACGAUUUUUGUCGAUGCAAACGCGGAUAGCAGGACGCGCGUGGUGAGCGGAGGCAGCUUUACAUAUCUCCUCGAGGGCGGGUCGCAUGGGCAUAGUGGGCAGCUAGCGGGGAGCCAUGGGUCGACUGGUGACUUGGGUCAGCGGCACGAGGACACCACUCUCAAGGGCGAAGGCCAAGCCCACGUGGAUGCGCAGGGCAAUGCCACGCCACCUCCGUCAAGCCAAGGCCACCAUAUUCAACAACAUAAUCAGCAACAGCAGGCCUCGCACUUGACCGUCAGGACGUCAGGCAUUUCCAACCCGAGUGAGCAAAACCAACAUGACCAACAUCAACAGCAGCAGCAGACCCACGAUGAGCAACAGUUACAGCAUGACGCUCUUGCCUCCGAGUCGACUACAAAUACUUACGGAUACUCCGCCGCCGGCGUCACAGCGCCCGAGGCGCAAUCGGUUCCAUCUCAGGUACAACAUCUACAGAACGACUUAGCCGCCGCCGGAUACAACCAGCAGGGAGGCAACGACAUGCUCAGCUCUUACAGGACUCGGUCGUCCUACCUUGACCACAGCUACCGCCCACCAUCGAGCCUUCGACAAAGCGCCGGGUCCACCUGGGCCCCCGCCUACGGCACCCAGGAUGGCACGGAGCGAUACGACUACGGCCGCGAUGCGACAAAUGCCCUGGCCAGGCCCGCGAUGAUGACGGCCUCUCCUCGCAUGUCGCAGCACGGACAACACGCCCGCAUGUCGAGCGGUCUGGUGCGCACCAGCCACCUCUCGGCAAGCGCUCAGCAGCUGGGCAUGGGCUACUCGGGAUCGUGGGGCGUCCAGAAGGCUCAGCUGCACAUUAGGGGAGGCACGGCAGCGCUGGACUCGAUGAUGACGGACCGCUGGACGAGUGAAGAAUGGACCAACCAGCGUCGCAUAGUACUAUUUACCAAGCGCCACAACGGACCCAACCUGCACAUUGAUUUCCGCCCUGUGUCGGUUUCGGAGCGGCCGAGCAACUCGAUCUGCAUCAGCUGCAUCUACUGGGCCCGGGGACCCAACGAAAGGGGAGAGUGCUACGUCACUUCAGUAGACACCAUCUAUCUUUUGGAGCGCCUUAUCGAGCCCCUGGCCACGAUGGGUAAGUUUGGCGUCGAGGAGAAGAACCGCAUCAGGCGCAACCUGGAAGGGUUCAAGCCCAUCACAGUUAGCAAGGGAAAGCCUGAAAGCGAGGAGUUCUUCAAGCUCAUCAUGGGCUUCCCUAACCCAAAGCCAAGGAACAUCGAGAAGGACGUCAAGGUAUUCCCCUGGAAGGUACUGGGGCCAGCACUCAAGAAGAUUGUGAGCAAGUACAGCUUCGACGCCACGGGCACCUCGUGCAGCCCAGCAAUCCCCCCGCCGCAGUCAGCACCCGUCUCGCACCUCCUCACCCCGGUCAGUCUCCCCGCCGUAUCAUACUCGGGGCUGUCAACAACUCCCAUCUCUGCCACCACAGCCACGGAUCCCAGCUUGGCGUCUGGCUACGUGAGCAUGGCCACGCACAUCGACAACGGACUCCCCAGCCCCCGGUCCCUGCCAGGGAGCUCCUCUUGGUCCACAUCGACAGCAGCAUACAUUCCACCAAGCAACAGGACCUUAUCGCCGCCAAUGAAGACGCAUAGUCCGUCACAAUCAAGCUCUGGUCUAAGGAUCUCAACGCUACCUGGAGUUUACGAUUCGCGAGCGGGGCCUGUCAAUGCCCCGGCGUACGGCCUGUCUAGCCAUCAAACCCACAGCCCCAGCCACCAUCACCACCACAGCGCGACUAGCGCGGGGGCAUCUGGAAGAUGGGAUCCAUACGACACUGUAACGACUUCAGGAUCCUACUCAGUCCCCGUGCCCACCUCAACAUACCCGAGUCUAUCUCACCAUGCACACUCACAUGGAGCACACGGUGGAGUCUACGGGGCUCCUGCGUAUGCUGGUGAUGCCGGACAGCGUCAUUAA